AGCUUGAGGAUUAUAGUUUGUAUGAUCUAAAUUCGCAGUCAUCUGACCAUGUAGAUUAGAAUUAUAUUGCUGUAUGCAAGCAUCAGGACGUCUACAAUACCCCUUUGUCAGUAAGGCGAGGCUUCCAGUGCAGGUCAUGGAGAGUUCUUCACGGCGAGAGGCAAAAGCAGCGGUGUGUGCUCAAGCGCAGCAUGAGCCAUGGAUAAGUAUGAGUCUCCAAGUGGCGACGGUUCUGUAUCUGUGCUCACUAAAGAGUCGGAACCCGCAAAAGAGUCAGAGCUUACGAAAGGGUCAGCUGUACAAUGUACUGGAGGUCCUAAAGGCAAUGAGCGCUUUGAGGUAUGGCCAACACCCCGGUUACAAAAUGGCCGUGCGGAGCAAAGGGCCACCCACUUCAGCAGCUUACAAAAGAAAACGUCAUGUCCAUCGAAGCGUCCACGAGGCCACCAAGCAGCCACUCUAUUAGAUCUCAUGACAAUCCGAGCCCUUCACAGCAAAACUUUACGAUGCUUCAGUCUGGGGACCGCACUGGGUUUUCGCAUCCGCGGCGGUGUGCAGACCGACAUACCAGCAAUUAUUGUUUUCGUUGCUCGCAAAGUGCACAGGCACUGGCUACAAGAGGCCCAGGAGCUUCCCUUGAUCCUUGAAGGUCCGGGCGGGGUAUGGUGCGAUGUGGAUGUCGUUGAAUUCUCACUAUUGGGUUCGCAGCGGCCUCAGGAUCCAGUUUACACCGAUCUUGUGGAGGGUCUUCGAGGUGGCGACGCCACUAUUGGAUCAGGCUCACAGGUUGCAUGCUUUGAGCUUUAUGGUACGCUCAGUGCAAUAGUUCGAAGUCGAACUGGUCUCUGCCAGGUUGGAUUUCUGACGAAUCGACACGUCGCCGUGAGUCUCGAUCACCCCGUCCAGAAGUUGUUCCAUCCCCUUCCUCCUCAUCUCGGACCAGGAGUGUACCUGGGUGCAGUGGAGCGCACCACGACUUUCAUACGGGAUGAUCUGUGGUAUGGCGUUUUUGCCAGCACGAACCCUGAAUCAUUUGUGCGGGCAGAUGGUGCCUUCAUUCCAUUUGAUAGCAAUCUAGAUGUAAGGAACUUUAUAAGUCCAUUUGUGAAGAGCGUGGGGGAAAUCGGGGAGGUGAUAUCGGUGGACUUGCAGGCCCCAUUGAACAGCCUGAUUGGUAAGCAUGUGAUCAAAGUCGGCCGAAGCUCUGGUUUCACUGAAGGCUGCAUUUUGGCGUAUGCAUUGGAAUACAACAACGACAAAGGGCACUGUUUUUUCAACGAUUUCCUCAUUGUGAGUGAUGACAACAAUGCUUUUGAGUUAGAAGGCGACACCGGGAGCCUGAUUUUGGUAAGAGGGGAAGCUGGAGAGAAGCCAAGACCGGUUGGAGUUGUUUGGGGUGGCACCACUCAACAGGGUCGUCUAAAACUUCAUAAGUGGAAGGAGCCGGAGAAUUGGACGAGUGGGGUUGAUCUGAGUCGCCUUCUGGAGUCCCUCGAUCUGAGCAUUGUCACAUCGAAUGAAGCCCUUUGUGAGGCUCUUGAAGUGCAGCGUCAGUGUCGGGCUGCUUCAUUCCAUCAGUCAACUCCGUGCCUGACUAUCCGCUCCCCGCUCAGCACAAUGUUAUCUAGCAGACACAUACAUCAAAUGGACGGAGGAUCACUUAAGUUCGAUUUACAUGACACAGUGAUGUGCAGGUCCUCAGAAACGCUGAAGGACCUGCUGUCUACAGCUACUUUUGAAACGAGUGCGACGCAAUCAGAGGUGAAGGAGCUCGCUAUUCUACCUUCUCCCAAGAAUGCACUUGAUCUCAGCAGCCGGAAAAUCCAGACAGCGCGGAGAAAAGCCACAAAUUCAAUACUUUUUACAAUCGAUGACCCUUUUAAACUUUCACUUUCAAGUCCGUUAUCUGGUGUCGAGCAUUGCAGCAACCUUAAGGAGUGGCACCAAGGGAUGAACGGAUGUGGUCGGCUUCCGAAAGCUGCAUCGUUCUUUGAGUGCUUUCAGUCUAGAACGAAAAAACUUCGUCCAUUAUCUGACUCCAGAUUUGUUCAACCGAACUCAUGAACUAGUGAACUAGCUGGUGGAUGCGGUGAAGCACUAUUGAAGCGAUUUUCAGGCUGAUAAUCAUUUGCAGUGUCUGAGAUACGCCACUAAUUCAUGAAGCUGUGCUGUUCCUGCAUCCUAGACGACAGUUGCAAAUAUAUCGCUUUACAUCAUUCUCGAGUCCAAUCUCGGUGCAACGCUUGAGAUUCAGCUUUCUCAACUCAAGCGAAUCACUUUCUGUUCUCUGGACAAGAAGCUUUACGUGGCUAGUAACUAUAAUUUAGAAUACCUCAGUCUGAGGUUCUUUUGAGUGUUGAGGAAGGUCCUUCCUUUCCAAAGAAUCCUUGGGGAUGCAUGUGGUGAAACAGGGAUGAGAGUUUUGCCGACGCUCAGUUGUGCUUUGAUCCAAAUUGGGGAUAGUUUUCUAACUGCGUCUCUGAGCAACUUCACAGGUGCAACAUAUGUCAUGAUGGGUAGCUUGCUGAGUCUAUAUUAUAGUGUAAUUUACGCUGGUCUUGGCAUGCGGGACUUCUAUUUAGGCCAAGACCACAGUGUACUAGGCUAAUUUACCAACUGGGCUAUCAUAUCUCAUAUCUUUAUGUAGUUCAUGGUUAAUGGUAUCGGACACUUCGCCAUAAUUGAUGGUGAGGUAAGUUUAUGCGAAUUUACUUGGUUAGUUCUCUUCUGCUUAAAAGAAAUGAAGGUUGAGUUAGUUAUGCUCAUUUUAACCUUGUCAA